ACUAAGUACAUAAGUCCGAGGGGAUUCCCCUUCGUCUUUUUGCCAUAAAUAGAUUCUGGACUUUCCAGUUACGCACUUCUGUCUUUAUAAACCACCGUUACUAGAGACUUAUGGAUGAACUAAAAACUGUUGAUUCUAAAGUUAACAAAUCAUGGAGAAUCAACUACCACGUGACCUGUCCUCUUGCAAUGCGAGUAAAAGCACCAAAAUCCGUGACCUUCUGGUAGCAGGAAUCCAGUGGACAGCUGGAGGCAUUGCCUAUGUAGCAGGACUGACAGCCCACACCAUCCUGCUGCCAUGUCUGGCUCUGUUUCCUCAGACUUUCCAGGACAUCCUAGAGAAAAUCUUCAUCGAUCGCUUCAUGCAGAAAACCCUGGAAGAAGCCUAUGUGUUGAACUGGUGCAGAACAGCCAGGCCACUGACACCCAUACAGACCUUAGGGGAUGGUAACUGCCUGUUGCACGCAGUGUCGGUGUACAUGUCUGGUACUGAUGACAAAGACCUGGCCCUGCGCAGACUUCUCUUCCGUGCCAUGCGGGAGGACAUGAAUGAGGAGAUGAAGCAGCGCUGGGAUCGGCAGUGCAGGGCACGGAAUGCAGCCGUACCAGGACACCUUGAGUAUGGGUCAAUGGAAUGGCGGGAUGAGUGGAACAUCAUGGUCUGCAUGGCAGAUGCCACGCCAAACCCUCCCGAGGCCAAUGACCUCCCCUACAAGUCCCUUGAAGAGUUCCACAUCUUUGUUCUGGCUAAUGUUCUUCGUAGACCAAUCAUCAUCCUUGCAGAAGAUGUCCUACACAACUUUGAGGGCCACACCUUUGCUCCGAUCCACUUCAGCGGAAUCUACCUUCCUCUACGUUGGAAGCCUGAAGAAUGUGUGCGGUCUCCCAUCAUACUUGGUUACCUGCAGCAGCACUUCACACCCUUACUGAGCCAAGAGGAGGCCCCAGCACCAAUAGGCCUGGCUACAGGGGAGUAUGCUGUCCCUCUAGUCAAACAUGACCUCACCAUGCUGACAGUUCAGUUUCUACUCGAGGAUGAGGAGAACCAGGCUAGAGAGCUUCUACAAAAAUACCUGGAUCUGAUGGAGCUGCCGUAUACAAGAAAGGAGUCCAUCUCCAUGGUCCUGGCAGCCAAACUGAAUCGAAACCCUCCUCCUGAGGAGCAAGAUCUUAUCAAAGACUUCUUCCAAGCAGUAGAGAAAACUUUCAAGAAGCCAGAAGAAAUACAGGAAGGCGGGGAGCCACGGGAAGUUGCUAAAAAUGAGCUACCUCCAGCACCUGACAAGCAAAGGACUGAAACUGGAAAAGAAGCCCAGAAAUGUGUUAAUCCUGGCUGUGAUAUGUAUGGGACAGCUGAGCAAAACGGACUUUGCACAGCAUGUUUUAGAGAGAGUAGAGUCUCCAAGAAGCCACCAGGACCACCAGAAGCUGCAGUAUUGCCAGCUGAUGUUGUUCCAAAUUCCUCCAUGGUGAUGAGAGAGUGCAGGACCCCAGGGUGCCAGUACUUCUGCUCUAUUGCCACUGGAGAAUACUGUCACGAAUGUUAUGGGAAGAUAAACCGUGAUCAGCGCAGAAGGGAGGUGGAAGUAGGAAAAGCCACCCAGACUGCUAAAGAGGUGCAGCCACUCGCAAGAAAUCCUAACAAGUGCAUCAUUGAGGGCUGCAACAACGACCGUAACCCUGACAAUGAGAACCUCUGUGACGUCUGCUUCGUCAACAUUCUUACAAAGUCAGGACAGCCUCCAUCUGUGCAUCCACUCAAGCAAACCGAGCGUGCCUCAAGUCUGGGUAUCAUUCCAACUACUCCACAGCCACUGCACAGCAUUGAAAAUAGGACCAACAGUCAGAGUCUGGGCCACAUCAGUGACUUCACUAACCCAGCAAAGUGCAUCAUCCCAGAGUGUCAGAGGACAGGCUACCCCAAAACCAACGACAUGUGUAAGAAAUGUUACAUUGACCAACAUAGCAGAGCUGCAGGUGCUGUUGCUGCAGGUGCUGUUGCUGCAGCUGUCCCAACUGUGACUACACCUGUCACAGCUGUGGCUGCAGCUGUCACAACUGUGGCUGCAGUUUUGACACACAUUAGUUCAACAUUCACGUCUGCCAAGACAUCGACACCUGGAGGAUCCCCCACCUGCAAGACUGUAGGAUGUGAGAUGUUUGGGGCUCCUGGCCAGGAUGGGUACUGCUCUCAGUGCUACCUGAUGGAGUUAGGAAAGAAAUCUCGACCAAAAUCAGCCACUGAAAUUGCAGCCACCCAGAAAACUGUGGCCACAGCACCCCAACGACCAGCUGAAGAAGUUUACACAACUGCACCCAUCAAUGAUGUGACCAAAGCAAGGUACUUCAAGAAGUGCAAGACAACAGACUGUAUGAGGGUUGGUCUUGAGUCAUCCAAUGGUCUAUGUCCUGAGUGUUACACUAAAGAGAGCAGUACAGGAAGAACUACAGACAAAGCUGCAGCAGCAGCCAACUUGACAAGUUCUGGACCAGAAGAUUUAGUGUCCACAGGUGCAGAAGGAAGCUCCAAUAAUCAGGUUUCCACACAAAGUGAGACAAGACCUCUUGGCUUUGAACUAUCUUCAUCUUCUGCCCUUCCUCUUGGCCCAAUCGAUCCACAAACUGGGGAAACUAAUUCUACAAAGUGUUUGAAUGAAGGAUGCCUAAACCUAAAGCUUGAGAACACUGGUGGCAGAUGUUACUGGUGCCUGAAAAAGGGGAAGACUCCAGCAUCACCGAAACCACCAACACUGCAACCAGCUCCAGCUCCCAGCAGCACUGCAGAGCCACCUCCUGCAGCUCCUACCAGCACAGCAGCUGCUGCAGCUCCAAGAGAUCCCCAGCCCGUUCCCUCGCUUGUGGAAAGGAAGCAGUGUCCAGCACCUCACUGUGAUGCUUACGGAGAUGCCAUGUACAACAAUCUGUGUUCCAAGUGUUACCACACCCUCAAGGAAUACCACAGCAAGAAGCCUGCUGCCUCAGCAAGUCCUCUACCCAAUGGUCCUAAUCACUCAUCUGAGGAACUGCCAGCCAACACCAUCAUCACAGCAGGCCAUGGGGCAUCAGUGGUCGUGACACCUGGGAACGUCACCGUGACAACAGAAGAAGGAGGAACUGUGUCAGUUGCCAGGACAACAACACAACUCCCAGUCCCAGACGAGCCACAGCUGCCCUGUGUGAACGCAGCCCAGGGAUGCGAGAUGUUCGGCGCUAAGGAGCAGAUGGGAUUCUGCUUUCGGUGCUUCUGUGAACACACCAGUCAGCAGGCAGGACAGCCUUCUGUCAAUCACCCACCCCAACCACCUGUCAAUCAACCACCCCAGCCAGCCAAUCAGCACCAAGGGGAGACACCACUGCGGGUUCUGGCUGAAGUUGCAGGUGCUUCGCAUUACGCUGCCAGGUUGCCACGACAACAGUGUAUCGCUGCAGGAUGUGACAUGCACGGUGAACCAGACAACCUCAACAUGUGCUCCAAGUGUUACCUGCGCCACAUCGCCGAGGUCCACCGUACCAAGGACAUCGAGGCCCACAGGGCACAAAACCUUCACACCAAUGUAGAGCCACCUACAGCUUAUGCACCAAGGAUAAUCCGUGCUACAGUCCAGACUGGUGGGUACUACAACCCUCCACCAGCCUACAAGUACAACCCUGUAGUCCCUGAGCCCCAGCCUGGGUACGCACCACCAGCGUAUCACCCCCGCCAACAGUGUGCCUCACCAAACUGUCCCAACGAUGGCUACCCUGACCAGGAGAACCUCUGUGAUCAAUGUUUCCACAAGUUCAUGAGUUUGAUGACUCCACAACAGGCUGCGAGAAAGUUGGAACCACAGGAAGCCUAUCAAAAAUAUGUAGCCCAGGAGCCAAGAAAGUCAAGUGCUAUGAAGAAGUGUAAGGCAGAGGGUUGUGAAAAUUUUGGCAACUCCAAAUGUUUUGGAUUCUGUCACGGGUGUUACCAGGCCAAUUAUGGCAUCUGAAAUAGUUUCAUCCAUAAGUACAUUUUGAAG